CCAAAAGGUCUUCUCAAACACCACAAACGACAAAACCUCCUGUUUCCUCAAUCCCAAUUUACUCUAAUUCUAUUUUAUCAUCAUCAUCAUCAUCAUCAUCAAUGGACACUACGAUCGGACCAGUCGAACCCUCCACCAUCCCUUCCACCGCUGUCAUCGGAACCCUACCUCACAAUAGCUUCGUCUCAACUCUCCAGACCUCCCUCCCCCUCUGCAACGCCGCCGACUCCACCCUCGGCCGCCACCUCGCUCGCCGCCUCGUCCAAAUCGGCGUCUCCGACGUCUUCUCCGUUCCUGGCGACUUCAACCUCACUCUCCUCGACCACCUCCUCGCCGAGCCCGGCCUCAACCUCAUCGGCUGCUGCAACGAGCUCAACGCCGGCUACGCCGCCGACGGCUUCGCUCGGUCCCGCGGCGUCGGAGCCUGCGUCGUCACUUUCACCGUCGGAGGCCUCAGCGUCAUCAACGCCAUCGCCGGAGCUUACAGUGAGAAUCUCCCUGUUAUCUGUAUCGUCGGCGGUCCUAAUUCGAAUGAUUAUGGAACUAACAGAAUUCUUCAUCACACCAUCGGACUACCUGAUUUCAGUCAAGAGCUUCGCUGCUUUCAAACCGUUACUUGCUACCAGGCAGUUGUGAAUAACUUGGAGGAUGCACAUGAACUGAUCGAUAACGCAAUAUCAACCGCAUUGAAAGAAAGCAAACCUGUCUAUAUCAGUGUUAGCUGUAACUUGCCGGCAAUUCCACAUCCUACUUUUAGCUGCGAGCCAGUUCCAUUUUCAAUCUCUCCCAGAUUGAGUAAUCAGAUGGGUUUGGAGGCUGCAGUGGAAGCAGCAACAGAGUUCUUGAACAAGGCAGUGAAGCCAGUGUUGGUGGCUGGGCCGAAACUGCGAGUGGCAAAGGCUUCUGAUGCAUUUGUUGAAUUGGCCGAUGCCUGUGGCUAUCCAGUCGCCAUGAUGCCAUCAGCAAAAGGACUUGUGCCGGAGAACCAUCCCCAUUUCAUUGGGACUUACUGGGGUGCUGUGAGCACCGCCUUCUGUGCAGAAAUCGUCGAAUCUGCCGAUGCUUACUUGUUUGCAGGACCCAUUUUCAAUGACUACAGCUCUGUUGGGUACUCUCUGCUUCUGAAGAGAGAGAAGGCGAUCAUCGUGCAGUCUGAACGUGUAGUGAUUGGAAAUGGGCCUGCGUUUGGGUGUGUUACAAUGAAGGAUUUCUUGAGAGCUCUGUCAAAGCGGCUUAAGCGCAACGCAACUGCCUAUGAUAAUUACCAUAGGAUCUAUGUUCCGGAGGGACAUCCUCUCAAGUGUGAGCCUAACGAGCCCUUAAAGGUCAAUGUUCUGUUCCACCACAUUCAGAAGAUGCUGUCAAGUGACAGUGCUGUGAUUGCUGAGACUGGGGACUCUUGGUUUAAUUGCCAGAAACUGAAAUUGCCCAAGGGAUGUGGGUACGAGUUCCAGAUGCAAUAUGGAUCAAUUGGCUGGGCUGUAGGUGCAACUCUUGGAUAUGCACAGGCUGCACGAAAUAAGCGAGUGAUUGCUUGCAUUGGUGAUGGUAGCUUUCAGGUGACUGCACAAGAUGUGUCAACAAUGUUGAGAUGUGAACAGAGGACCAUCAUCUUCCUUAUAAACAAUGGGGGAUACACCAUAGAAGUUGAGAUCCAUGAUGGUCCUUACAAUGUGAUCAAGAACUGGAACUACACUGGUGUGGUUGAUGCAAUCCACAACGGUGAAGGCAAGUGCUGGACAGCUAAGGUGCGCUAUGAGGAAGAGCUCAUCGAAGCAAUUGAUACAGCAAUGGGUGCUAAGAGUGAUUGCUUGUGCUUCAUAGAAGUGAUUGUUCAUAAGGAUGACACGAGCAAAGAGCUGCUUGAAUGGGGCUCCAGAGUGUCUGCUGCAAAUAGCCGACCCCCGAACCCUCAGUAAAUACUUAUCACUGCUGCUAUAAGUGGAUAGAACAGCAUUUAUGCUUCCUCGGGUAUAUAAAGUUCUAGGUUUGGCUUGAGCCACCUGUUCGCAUAUUCUGCAUAGUUCUGCUGAAUUUUGUGUGUAUAUUCCCUUUGAUUUUUAAUAUCUACUGAUCUUUUUGCCUCAUUUUCUAUCUUCUUUUACAUAUUAAAACUUUCUUUUUAGUUUGA